AUGGAUUUCUCGUACUUCACUUCAGCCCCGCAACCGUAUCAGUUUUUUGGUUUGCCUCACACGCCCUCUACCACGCAAACGAGUCAUCUGGACGAGUUCAGAACCGCUCCUUCCACCGAUCAAUAUGACGCUGCCUUCGCGGCAUUUCAACAAAGCUUCCACUAUGACCCUGCUACUUUCCUCGCCCAACCUCAUCAAGCAUCCACCCAAUCCCCGUCGGUCCAAGGCCGCCAUGACUCGAUGGUAUCCAUGCCAGAGGUCGAUAUGUCCAGUCUCACUGCACCCGCAGCAGAUAUGACGCCCGAUGAACCGACAGUAGCAAGAAGUAGCAGCGAAGAGAAGGAUACCUUGACCCCUCAGCAGAGUCGCAGGAAGGCACAAAACAGAGCUGCCCAACGAGCGUUUCGAGAGCGAAAAGAGAAGCACGUGAAGGACCUCGAGGCCAAGCUGACAAGCCUGCAACAUCAGUCCAUGACCCUGAACGGCGAGAACGAGCGGCUGCGGCGCGAGCUCGCAAAAAUUGCAACCGAGAAUGAGAUUCUUCGUGCUACAUCUGGUGCGGCAUCGAAUGGUCCGACUCCCUUUAUGGAAGAGCCAGACGAGUUAGUAGGCCCGUUGGGGUACGUCCCCACUGAUCGACAUUUGAAAGACCGCUCGCCGGCUAGUUCCAGUGGUUCGUCCUUCGACAUCGGCUCCAAAUACGCGCACUUUGGCACCUUGAGAACCAUCACGGUGGACAACGACACUGGGGAACCCUUGCUCGGGGCUGGCGCUACAUGGGACUACAUACAAGCUCACGAACUCUUCCGCAAAGGGCUUGUUGAUGUUGGCGAUGUCUGUGAGCGUUUAAAAAAGAUGGCAAGAUGUGACGGCCAAGGGCCAAUCUUCCUCGAGAGUGACGUCCGGCAAGCGAUUGCUGAAAGUGCCGUUGCCGGAGGGCGUGACGAGCUGAUAUAA